AUGGGCCAGUCGCAGUCGACCCAGAGUCGCUCGACACGGGUGGAACGGCGGUGGAAAGGCGACUCGCGCGAGACGGCCGACACCUCGACAACCGCAGCCCAACCUGCCAGCUCUUCCCCUCGAAACCGCCGACAAACCAUCUCCCGCCGGUUCCAGCUCAAAGGGCGUCGACUGCGACAGAACACCGAGGCGCAGCGAUCAAUGCUCGAGGCGAUGGUGCAGCAGCGCGAAGCAGAGACGAUGCUCGCCGACUUGAAACGGGAACGGGAUGAGCGACCGUCUGCUCCGCGACUUGCGCUUGGCUCAAGCAGCGGGCUCGAGGGUCUUUGUAUCGUCGUCGGCGAGGCGAGCCCCUCGACGGGCAAGCAGGCGUCGCCGAAAUUGGUAGAAGGUGGAUCGUCACCGGGCCACUCGCAGGCCACGAAGAUUGCGCCGGCAGGCCCUUCCUCAGACGCGACACGACUGCUUGCUCUCCCUGACACAAGCACGAUGCCCCUCUCGUACCACCUUCGCUCACCCACGCCCGGACUCUCGACCUCCUCCUCCACUGUUCCCUCGUCCCCCUGCCCCGACCUCCCGACGCCCAAAUCGCACUGGUCCGAGUCCUCCGUCGGCACUCCUACGCCCCAACUCCCCUUCCAGUCCUUCCGCGACUCGCUCAACCUGAACCGCCUCUCACAGCUCUUCCCCAGCGGCACGUCCUCUAGCGGGACCCCGUCCAGCCCGCGCUCUCCCGACAUGGAGCGGCUUUGCGACAUAUCGUCGACCGAUAAGGUCGUGACUCAGCGGUGUGAGCAGACGAAGCGACGGAAGACGGGCGCAGGGCGGCCGCAGAUCGUGGUUGUCGACGCGCAGCCCGUGGGCGCGAAGCGGUACUCCCAGAUGAUGACGGCGGAGGAGACUCUACAGGAUGAGCUCGGGUGUAGCGAGCGGAAGGGCAGUACGGGCGGUGCGAGUAUUGCGACGAUCAAGCCGACCGGUGCUCGCAAGGCCAGCGUCGUCUCGACAGCAGGAUCUGUCGACGUCUGGGACAGCGACAUCCCGUGGCCUGGCAUGCGACAAGCGCGCACAUCGACGCCUGACGUUGCUCUUUCGCCUCGCUUCUCGACGACACCCGCUUUCCUCGCCCAAGCGGAAUGCCUCGACGACUCCCUUCGCCGUGCGUCCGACCGACGGAACACCUACAAGCGACGCUCCUCGACUCUCGACUUGACUGGCUACGUCGCCGCGUCGCCAGAACUCGCUUUCCCUUCGGCAACAGCCAGCCUCACCUCGCUCGUCUCGUCCUCCCCUUCACCGCCUCUCCCGCCCAAGCCUUUCCGUCGACUCUCGCAGAUGCGCGCACCCGCAGGACACCCUGCCAGCCACCACUUGCGGUUCUCUCGUGCAUCGUCGACUUCCCCUUCGUCCCCUCGCAGCUCCUCCUCUUCCCGCCCGCCAAAGAUCUCGCCGCCGGCAGCUGGACUGCCUGCCAACGCAAAGUCGCCUUCUCCUACUCUUCUCGCACUUCCUCGCCGUCGGUCGAGCGCAGGUGCGCCCCUCGCAUGGCGAGGACGGCUCGACUCGGUUGCGGAAACGGCGGCGAGUUCCGCCCGAGGAGGAGACGAGGUCCCUGUCAGGUUUGGACCGGGCGCGAGCAGGAGGCGCUCGAGCGUACGACGGUUCACGAACUGCACGAGCGCGAGCGACGUCUCCUUCCCGCACUCGAUCGGUACGGAGGAUGCGGAAUCGUCGCGCUCGCCUGUUCUUCCCGUGACAGCCGCGCCCUCGCCGACCGGCCGGGACCUCCCGCCUCUUCCGGCGGCUACCUCGGACAUCGACUUCUCCGGCUACACCCUCGGCAAGCCCGCGACUCGCCCCGUCUCCUGCAUCUCUACCGGUUCCGACCUUCCUCCCGAACUCGUCGACGCUUUCCCCGCUCCGCCCCUCCCACCCUUGCCGCCGUUCGCUCGUCCUCGCGUACCCGCCAAGCUCGAUCUCUCCCGACAGGCCCGCGACUCGAUCUUGACGGCAACGGCAUCCAGUUCGCGAAGCCUUCCUUCACACGCCUCGACCCCGUCCACCUCCUCGUUCGCCUCUUCGCUCACAUCGCAGGCGUCGAUAGACCUGGGACCAAAGUCGGCUGGCCCGGUAGUUUCGGUCGACUUUGGUGCCGCAACUUUGACGGGCAAGACGUACCGACCGCCCUCGAGUGCCGGCUCUGUCGCGACUUUCGUCCUCGAGGACAUCAUCGACGAGUUGAACGGUCUGCACGUCAAGGAGGAGAAGGCUGGACUGACUGGUCGUUGCGAACGCCUCCUCUCGCUUGAGCAGCCGGACCCGCAACUCGCCAAAGAUCUUGCGCCGACUGUGCUCGCCUCGAGAAUCGUGCCGCAGGCGCGCUCUCCGCCUCGCUUCCAGUCGUUCUUCUCCCUCGACAAGCCCAUCUCGACUUCGAAGCCGCUUCCCGCUCUCGUCUCGCCUCUCUCGCACGCACUCCUCGACGAGUCGCGCUUCAACUCGCCGCGCUUCUCGCCACAGACGCCCGGCUCGGCGCGUCUCGCAACCGACAAGCUGCACGACCUCCCGCCUUCGAUGCCAGCCUCGCUCGAAACGUCACCCGUCCCACCGCAGAAACCCUGGACAAGCCGACCUCGGAUCGCUUCCGCCGACGCCGCACACCGCGCUCUCACGCAACAAGCCGAAGCGAGGCGCGACACGUACCCGACAUUCGUCCCGCCUUCUCAGCGGACGCAGGAGCCCAACUUGUUUGACGCGCUGCUCGAGCAGGCUUUGCGGGUGGAUGAGCAGGGUGGCAAGAGCGGCGGUGCGACGAGGGAGCAUAGGCUAGGGAGCAAGGAUAAGCGCGGGUUCGACAAGGCGGAUAUUGGAGCGUGGCUGGAUAGGGCGAGGAGGGAAAGCGAGGAGCACGCGCGAAUGAGGGCGGUUGUGCGGGUGUGA